AUGAUAGGCGAACGACACCCGCGCCCGUCUACGUCCUACCAUCACUCAUCGGCGAUCGCAGAGUCGAUUGAAGAGUCGCCCGACUCGUCGCCAGUGUCGCCACGAUCGUCGCGAUGCAAUUCUGCGUCGCAUCGCGCGACGCUCGCCGUCGCCCGACGCGAUUCUACGUCGUCGCCACCUGCCGCUACGUCGCCGUCGUCGGCGGUGCUUCCGGUGGCAGCGUCGCCGACCGACAGUGGGUCGGCAGCGCGCAGUUCCAGUGUUACCUCUCCGAGGGAGUCGGCCCUCGCGCACGCGAUCCGACUCAGCUUAUCCGACAUCAACUCUCUGAGCGCGCGUCGGGCGAGAUCCGUGUCCUGUUACGGCGCGUACCCGCUACAGGCCAUCGCGCUAACAGCGCUCCCUGGCGCCCACUUACACCUACACGCUGCCGCAGCAGCAGCAGCAGCGCAGGAGCCGAAGCGACGUCGUGGCACGCUCUGCAAGCAGAUACGCGCAGUGAAGAACCUACUCGUGCUCGCUCUCACCUUCCUUCUGACCUUCACCGGCUUCAACGCGCUACGCAACCACGCCAGCGUGCUGCAGCGCGACGCCAGCGCCUCUCUCGUGUCGCUGUGCGUCUUCUACGCGUGCAUGUCGGUGUCAGGUGUCGCUAGCGCUGUCGUCACGAAUCGACUGACGCCCAAGUGGACGAUCGUCGUCGCGUUCGCGUGUUACUCGGUCUACUUUGCCGCCAAUCUGCUACCGAACUACUACACCUUAGUGCCGACGGCGGCGUUCGCUGGCGCCAUGUCGGGCCCGCUGUGGAACGCGCAGACGCUCUAUCUGUACGCUACGGCGCGCAAGUACGCUUUCCUCACCGAGGAGAUCCCGGAGCGCGUGCUGAAUCGCUUCAACCGCGUCUUCGGCGCCGUCUACUGGUGCAGCGUCGUCGUCGGCAACAUCAUCGCUCUGCUGAUCUUCACUCGCAGCGACAAGACGGCAGAGUUAACCGACGUCGGCCGGUCGCUGCGGGUCUGGGCUGCUGCUAGCGCGUGCGGGGCUGCCGCCUGCCAGGCGCACAAGCCCGUGCGGUACAACUUCACGUUAUCAUACGACAACGGCGUCGGCGGCGGCAACAUCGAUAGCGUCUUCCUACUCGUCGGCAUCUUCGUCGGCUGCGGUUUGCUGGCGACGGCGCUCGCCGUCGGCCUGAUGGACCGGCUGGAGCCGACGGCGCAUCAUGUCGGAACGCGACGUCGAUCGUCGAGGUUCCUCUUCAACAGGAUGCUGCGAGUGAUGCAGGAUAGCCGCAUCCUCGUGCUCAUGGUGCUGAUCUUCUUCACGGGCCUCGAGCAGGGCUUCAUCUUCGCCGACUUCACGAAG